UUUUUUUUUUUUCAUUCGCAGUGUGGGUCCCACCCUGUACACACAGCUGGGUCAUUAUUAAAUCUUCCUCAACCAGCAACUUCAGCUUCCUCGUUCCCCUUCAUUACCCUCGUAACUCGUAACGGCUUCAUACCGCUUUUUUUACUUUUUCUUCUCUCAAGCGUCUUUCCUUCUUCCAACCUUUGCUUCACUCCUUCACUCUCUCACCCAUGGAUGAAGCUGAGUUUGACGCCGCGUUUGGCUUCCCGUCCGAGUUUCCCUACGAGUUUCACUCGCCCGGGGGCGAACCGGUCGAGUCCGGUUCGACCGGGACUGAGAGCAGCGACGAGGAGGACUUCUUCGCCGGGUUGACUCGCCGACUCAGUCAUGCAUCGCUCUAUGACACCAAGAAGGAACAACUGCUCACUGUUCCAAUCUGCAACGGUGACAAGGCUGAGAGUCAGAAAAUGAAGGCUCGGGGUUUGGCUGGGUCGCCUCAGUCUAUACUGAGUGGUAUCGGAAGCUGGUCUGGUCGGAGUGGCGGUUCCGGCGACGGGAGUCCGAACGGGUCUUCUCGUGUUCCGUCGCCAACGACGACGCCGUUUAAGGCGACGAAUGAUGCGUGGGAUGUGCUGUACGCAGCCGCAGGGCAAGUUGCGAGGUUGAGGAUGAACGAUGAAGUCUCUUCGAAGUUUGAGUUUCAGAACGGGGGAGUUUUUGGGGGUGUUUCUCCGGCAGUGGUGGCGGAGAAUGCGUUUUUCGUGAACCAUGGCGGUCCACAGGCUCGGUACCCGCAGGUGAGACCGGAGCAGAUGCUGAAGCAGCAGUGUGGUUCGGUUUGGGGAAGGCAAGAGAAGGUUGCCUGGGUGACCCAGCAGCACCAGCCACAAGUUCAGAACAGAGUCCGUGAUUUGCGUGAGUUUGGGUAUGACUAUGAAGCUAUGAACUGCACACGCGCUUUGCCUCAUUCUGCAUGGCACCGUCCUCUUCAAGUGAAGCCACAGAAUCAGCCGGUGUCGCAUUUCGGAACCGGGUCUCGACCCGGUUUGCAAGCUGGAUCUGGCGGUGUUAACAAAAGGGGUUGUGCUGGAACAGGGGUUUUCCUGCCUCGUCAGUAUGGGGCCCCUCCCCCUGAAUCUCGCAAGAAAACAGGUUGUGCUGCUCCGGUUUUGGUCCCAGCUAAGGUUAUCCAUGCUUUGAACCUCAACAUUGAUGACAUCAAUGCCGCUAGCCAACAACGUUUUUCUGGUGCAUUCGGGGCGGACUAUGAUGCUUUGUUAGCAAAGAGAAACGCUCUGAUUCUGCAACAGAAGUUCAACAUGCGGCGAGAGGAUGCAGCCAACCAUGAACUUCGCUUGCCUCAGGAAUGGACGUACUGACUAAUCUGAUAGUUCAAACAAAGAUUCAAUUUCCAAAAGUUUAAUUCGGCGAAGAAAGCAAGCUAGUGAAAAAUUCGUAGGGAAGUUUAUUAGUUUAAAUUUUAUAAUAUAAAGAUGAGAUUCAAGAAUGUGUUUUGGGUAGUUUAGUGGCAAUAAACAUCCGGUUUUUGUGAGAGAUGCAGCUUUGGGAUCUGUUAGUUGAAGAAACAGUGAAAGAUAGCAGUUUUAGGGGACGGGUUUUAUCUCUGAUUAAGAAUAUAUUUAUUAUUUUGUAAUAAGUGGGGUUGUUUUUCUUCCAUGUUAAAAUUAAUGUUGUGGAAGAAGGGUAAAGAGCUUGGUGCGUUAGAAGAGGGUUCAUGUCUAGCUGGCAGAAAAAGUGUUGGAAGAUUGCCCAUAACUCUUUGUGAAAGCUCUUACUCCUUAUAGAAUAGUAUGUAAUAAGGUAUACUAUAUGUAGUAAAGGCAACUGUUGUGUAAUUCCAUUAUCCUCCAUAUCUCUAUCAUCCUCCUGUUCAGAGUUUGCAUUUUAA